AUGGUUGACCCGGUUGGCCACAAGCUCAUCGAUCGUCUCACCACAUGUGAGACUCGCGGAACACCUGCAGAUGUUCCGUCCGUGAGCCCACUGCAGUACAUCCCUGACGUUAACGAUAGGUUCCGUGCGGUUCUCUCCGAAUUUCCGGAGUUGUGCGAACCGCCGGAUAUGCUUCCUCAGACGACCAAUGACAUCGUACACCAUAUCGUGCUGCGCGGUCCACCGACACACUGUCGCCCUAGACGCAUCGCCCCGGACAAACUCAAAAUAGCCCGGCUGAAUUCCAGCACAUGCUGA